AUGUCGAAGCUUAUUCAACCAGUUAUUCUAAAGAAAAGUGAUAGAAAUGACGAGUCGUCGAAGGAUAAAGGACCAAAUUCCUCAAAUCACCUCAAAGUUCUCUCAAAAGUUACAAAUGAUUCAUUAGAUCAUGUUAAAAUGAAAAUGUCAGUACAACCAAACAGCUCUCAUCAAGUCACCAAGAUGAAGUCUUCAGCACGUUUAAUGUUGCCCAACUUUAAUUUUGAAAAGAAAGUUUUGUGUUACCUCGACAAUAGCAACAAUGAUUUUUUAGUGGUUGGAGUCAUUGGAGUUAAAAGUGCUGGAAAAUCAACCUUAAUGAAUAUAAUAGCUGAUCAAAAUUAUGUUAAUUUCAAAGAAGAUGACACUUCAAUAUCCUUCAACAAAAUAAAUGAGGUUUUUCCAACUAAUUUAAAAAGUUAUGGUGGUCCAUUUUUGGACAUGUUCGUCACAGAUGAUCGCAUAAUAAUACUUGAUACUUCUCCUCUUCUCAAUAACCAAGAAAAAGAAAUGUUUGCUUCUGAAAGUGAAGAUAUUAAAAUGGUUUCAACGGUUUUGCAAUCGUGUCAUAUUACAUUUGUAGUACAUAAUGAUUAUCCAAAUCUGGCUGUAAAUCGAAUUUUGAAAAUAGCUCUAAAUACAAUACAAAAAGAUAACAAACAUAGCCCCAUAAUUGAACAUGUUAUGAAUCGCAUAAAACCUGGUAAAAUCAUCAGCCCUUUAGACCAAAGAAUAUUCAAAAGAUGUCCAAUAAAGAUACCAGAUUUUCUACAUGCUGAUGUAAGGCAUCAUCACGAUGUCAAUCAGAUUGUUUUAGGCUUUCGGGAAAGGGUUAUGAUGAUGAAACGUGUAACAAUCAAUGCAGAAACCCCCGACGAACCGUUUACGGAAAAAUCUUGGAUACAAAAGCUCAGCAGACAGACAGCACAAUUUGAAGAUAAUUAUUUUAUUGGAAGAUAUGUUACAAUUCGUGAUAGAUUUCAUCAGUCUUUAGAGGUGUCAACAGAAAAUCCUUAUCCUUCAGCAGAUAAAUAA